AUGGGAUUUGUUAGUAAGAUACUUCGUAAAGUAUUCUCAGUAAAGCAUCAAGGUGAUGCGGAAAUAACGGAACGAUCAAUUAACGGUAUAACUACCAAUGACGGCGAUGGUACGAACAAUUAUAAUAACAAUCAAGAUAAUAGUCUUGUAUUAGGAAGGAACAUAACAUCCGUAAAUACGCCUGACCGAACAAGCACCGGUGCACGUCGGGAUUGGCGCAGUGGUUAUAAGCAAAUUGAUGAACUUGUACACGAAAUGAGAUUGGAAUAUCCUAAUCCCACGCAGCAUCUAAUGUGGAUUCCUUUUAAUGAAUUUAUAAAAUGCAAACAGAUUGAUUGUGGUGGGUUUUCUACUAUAUACGAAGCGACUUGGAUAACUGCCGGACAAACAAUUGCAUUGAAAUGUUUAAAAGACUCUCAAGACAUAAGAGAAUUCAUGAUGGUUACCCAAUAUGCACCCUUUGGAGAUUUAUAUACAUAUCUUCAAAAACAUAAAAGAUUGACUUGGAAGGAAAAGAUUCAAAUAAUUAAGCAGAUCACACGUGCACUUGGAGAAAUGCAUAAAAGAGAUCUUAUUCAUGGUGAUUUGCAUAGUGGUAAUAUUAUGAACAUUGAUCGAACACAUUUUGUCCUUGGAGAUGUUGGACUUUGUGGGCCUGCUGGUAGACUUGCCCAUUUAGUAAAGGAUAUAUGCAAUCGAAGAAGACCUCCAAUUACAUUUGGUACGCCGUCAUUUUAUUCAGAACUUAUGACAGCUUGCUGGGACGAUAAUCCGCUAAAUCGUCCAGAUGCUGCAGAAAUUUCAAAAACCAUUUAUCACUGGCUGGUAGACGAUUCACUUGAUAAGUGCAUGCGAAGAAAUAGCUAUAAAUCGCGUUUCGGGAAGCUUCAUAAUAAAAAAGUGACACAUCCGGGAGCAGUGUAUCACAGUCGAUUAUUAGAUUUUAAAGAAAUAAAAGAAAUGCGGCUUCGGCAGUAUCUCUCGUUAAAUCUUCCGCGUUCAAUUUAUGAAAUUUAUGAUCAAGAUAUUAUGGAAGAAUUGCUACAAUCACAAAGUGAUACAGACAAUCAAUCACAGCCUUCGCAAGAUGUAACAAACAACUUGCAGCCUUCACGAGAUGAUCACAACCAUUUACCGACUUCACGAAAUACUUAUAACUUUACAUCAAAUACACGAAGUUCAUAUACAACAAAAUACUCAAGAUCAAAAGAAACUUAUAAAAUCUCAUCACCAACUAGAGAUAUUUAUAGUUUUUUACCACCAACACCCAAACAAUAUAAUGGAUCCACUACUAAUAUAUCAAAAUCACUUGAAACUGAACACUCAGAAACAUUAGGUCGUCAAAAUGCCAUGAGUGUAUUUAUACCGGAAGAUGACAUCCAAACAUUACAAACAUUUUGGGCACUCGAAGGAGCUAAUUCAA